UAAUUUUAAUUUUAACUUUUUUUUAUUACUUAUGUUUUUUUAAAAAAAUUGACCAAUGAGAUUGUGACACGUGUCACAUGUAACCUGUAAAUCAGGUUACCAACUGUGAAGCACGGACACGCCACCUAGCUGAGGUGUCCGUGUCGACACGCGUGUCCGACACCGACACGGGUGGGACACGGUGCGAUACGUGUCCGACACUUCAAAAUCCGUGUCCCUUUUUUUUAAAAAAAAAUACGUCAUGGACACAGACCGUGUCUCCCUAUGACACGGCCCGUUUUAUUUUGGACACGCCCUUUUGUUAUUCCAGCCCAACUCCCUCAGUUUCUUUUUUCUCAAACCCUACUGCUUUCAAUCUUCCUCUUCACGAGUUCAUUCUACCUCAACCUUCUCAAACCCAAAUCGCCGCCGACUGAAGUCGCCUGACCGUCGCCCACCGUCCACCGUCACAGCGUCAGUCGUCGGCUCGUCGCUCGUCGCAAGUCCUCAGUCAUCACGAAACCUGGCCACUUUAAUACUCUAUUCCUUCAAUCCUUUGUCGACUCGCCGUCAGCCCGUCACUCGUCGCUCGUCGCCGCCGUCCAGGCGUCACUCUCGUCGGUGCUCUCAGCCUUCUCACUUUCUCAGGUAUUCCUCUCAAUCUCUCAUUCUCGUUUUAAAUUUUUAAUUUGAUUUCAUUCCUUCACGAUUUGCUUAAAUUGGCUAAUUUCAGUAAUUUGUAUCAUGGUUUUGUGGUUCAAUUACUUCAAUAUUAUGUUCUAGAUUAAGGGAUAUGUAGUGUUUUAUCUUUUUGGAUAACUUUAUGGUUUUCGUUUUUGUUAUUUGUUUACCCCUUUUGAGUUUUGACCAUUUUUGGGUUUAAAAACUUGCUUUCAGUUAGUCUAAACUUUUGUGCAUUUUUGUGAUUUUUGUGAUCAUUUAGUCUAAACUUUAUGCUUGCCCUUCAACUGCUGCAUUAGUGCAUUGAUAUAUAUGUUGUGUAUGUUAGUGCCCAUUGUUUUGGAGAAAUAAUAUGCAUGUGGAUACUGUAUAUAUAAAUGAAACAGUACUCUAUAUUUCUAACAUUUACACUAUAAACUUAUACAUAUAACACAUGUGCAUUGUGUAAUUUGAUUGUGUUGUUUGAGCUAAACUAUAAAUGUUUGAUUUGCUGAAAAUGUGUUGUUGUCUUGUUGAAAUUGUCAGGAAUGUCUUCUAGUGGUUCUAGUGCCUCUGCUUCGUGCAAUGUUAGUGGUAGUAGUAAUUCAUCUGAGUCUAAGAAGGACCCCUACCCUUUGUGGAAGUUUGUUGUUAAGGGUGAUAAAAUAUCGGGUGGUGGAGGAAAUUAUAAUUGGAAAUGUAACUUACUCCUAAACGUGCUCAAGACUUGGUAUACAUUCAUAACAACCUUCGAUUACUUUCUAGGAGAAGUGAAGAAUACACUAAGGGGAGAUCUAAGUUGUGGGAUGUGGGUGGAGAUGAGCAUGACAACCUAGGAGAGGUUGGUAUUCUAGAGAUGGCCGAGCUCUCACUUGAUGAACCCGAGAUGGAGAAUAUGAUUUUUGAUGAUGUACUUGGUGAUGGUGAAGAAUGAAACUAUUAGUACUUUUGUUUAUUUUAUUUAUGAUUUGUAAAACUAUUAUUAAGACAUGUAUUUGGUUUGAUGGUUUCUUGAUAUGUAUGAGACUACGUUCGUACACUUUGUUUAUUUACUUGUUUUAACAAAAUUGUGUGUUUUGAGGCUAAUUAUUUAGUGUUUUAUUGAAUAGGUUGUCAAAUUCUCGUUUUUUUGAUAUAUUAUAUGCCUUGUUAUAUGCCGUACCCGUGUCCCCUAUUUCAGGAUUGCCGUUUUCCCGUGUCCGUAUCGUGUCCGUGUCCGUAUCCGUGCAACAUAGGUUACCAACCAGUUUUGUUUCAUUUUUGGCAAAUACAUGUGAAAGGUGGUGUUAUUCUGAAAUAAUCAAAAGGUGGUGCUAUUAUUGGAAGACUGCUCAAAGGUGAUGUUAUUUUUGACAAAUUUUUCUUUAUUCUAUUUUAUUUUAUUUUUUUAAUUGCAUUUAUUUUUGGUAUAGAUUUAGUUUAAAUACUACAUUCCUCCGUUUUUUCAGUUGACACCGUUUGACUUUUACACUAUUCACGGACUACACUUUGACUCGCUUUUGUGACUUAUAUGUACGAUAAAAUAUAAUCAUGUGUGUUCUUGUCUGAAUCGUCCAUAUGUAUAUAUGUAUAUUUUACUAAUAUCCACUUUAUAUAAUUUUACAAUGUUGAUAAUUGAAGUUAUUAAGUUUUAAAAUAUGCGUUGACUAGCGUGAUAAUAAAAGGUGUCAACUAAAAAACAGAUGAAGUUCUUUAUGCUCCCUCCGUUUUAAAAUACUUGCUCCACUUUCCUUUUUCGACCGUUUUUAAAUACUUGAUCCAUUUCUUUAUUUGGAAAAAUUUUACAAUAUUUAAUUAAUUUCUCUUACCUAGUGGACCCACCACUAAUCAUAUUUUAUUAAUUUCAUGUUCUCGCUCCUCUAAUUAUCUCCACUACUUUUGCAUUUUAUAAUCUUUUAUUUUUCCACCUACCCCACUAUCUUUAUAUAUUAUUAAUUUCUUCAAUUUCUUCUAAAACUCUAUGCAUUGAGAAAUAAAAAGUAUUUAAAACGGAGGGAGUUGAAAAAAAAAAAAUGAUUUUAUUGAUAAAAAAAAAAAAACCAAUUAUUGUGAUACGGAAAAAGGAGUGAUACAUUGAAAAGAGAGAGAAGGGAAUCGCAACUCGCAACUCAUACUUUUUCACUACCAAGUAUUUCUGAUUUAUUCUCCGGUACCUUGAUUGGACCUCUAUUGUUCAUUCUUGUACAGAUUCUCAAUGGAUGACCAAAUUAAUUAACAAUGUCCAUUUCUAACUCCUCAGAUUCUGUAAUGGACGUUGAUGAUAAGAAGAAACACAAAUGGGGUUUGCCACCAUUAUCAACCAUUGUUUAUCACUUCGGUACAAGUGGGGUUUCUGUUGCCAUUGCUACAACUGUUACUCAUCCUUUAGAUGUUCUCAAAGUAAGGCUUCAAAUGCAACUUGUUGGUCAGCGAGGACCUUUAACUGGAUUGGGACACAUCUUCACCCAGAUAUUGAACAAAGAAGGAUUUAGUGCAUUGUACCUUGGAUUGACACCUGCAUUGACAAGGUCAGUUCUAUAUGGAGGAUUACGUCUAGGUCUGUAUGAACCUUCAAAGUAUGUGUGUGAAGUGGCGUUUGAAUCAACAAAUUUGUUUGUAAAAAUAGUUGCUGGAGGCUUUGCUGGUUCUUUUGCAACUGCAAUGACUAAUCCUACUGAAGUUCUGAAGGUUCGCUUGCAAAUGAACUCAGGAACGAAAGUUGGUGCUAUUAGCCUAAUGCGCAAAAUUGCUUCAGAAGAGGGUAUAACUGCUCUGUGGAAGGGUGUUGGUCCUGCUAUGGCAAGAGCUGCUUCCUUGACUGCAUCACAGCUAGCAACAUAUGAUGAAUCUAAGCGAGCUUUGACAAGAUGGGCCUCUGUUGAAGAAGGAUUUUCUUUGCACCUCAUGACCAUGAAGACCAAUACGAUGUAGCUUACAGGUCAAGUACUAUAGCUGGGGUUGCCAGCACUCUGGUCACGGCACCCAUGGAUAUGAUCAAAACCCGUCUAAUGUCACAAAAGGAAUCAAGUGGCAGGAAUUAUAAGAAUGGACUACACUGUGCCUACCAGGU